GUUUUGGUCUGGCUGACGAAACUCUCGAUCGUGCAUGCAUCGAUCUCGCUGUAACCGCGGUCGUAGCGGAGUUCUCGAGGUUAGUGGUAACAAAUUGCCCCGAUUGACAGUACACUGUUUGGAAGUGGCCCAUGAAGUUUGAGCUAUUUCAGCAAGAUGUUUGAUCAGUUCAAAGAGAAGAUUCACUCUGUUCAGCUUGAUUUAAAUGCUGGAUUGAAGUCACUGAGUGAGAAGGCCAGAGAAGUUGGACGAUCAAAGAAACUGCCUGGUGAAUUGCAUGUCCUUGACAGCAAAACAGCUGACCUUGCAUCUCUUAAACCAGAAUGUGUUGAUGCUGGUGAUGAAAUCCUCAACAGGUUUCAACAGAUGUGGACUCAGCUACAUGUCAAUAUUGAAUUUUCUGCAGAAAAGGCUACGAAAAGUGACAAGGUUAUCUUAGAGUUGGUAGAGCAUCAUGACAAACAGGUCCAUGUCUGGAAACAGUUCCAGACUAGACUUCAAGAAGUACCAGGCAUGGUGACGCAGAUCCAAAAUCUAGCAGUAACAUUAGGUAAAUUGGAAGCUAAUUUUGAGGAAAUAGAAAGCAUGCUGGAGGGUCUUGAAGAUACAUGUGAGGAGGAGGAGUUGCUUGGCAACAAGAAGAUACAACUGGCAGAAUUCAUGAAAUACAAGGAGCAGAAAUCAAAAGAGAGGUUACAGAGAAGAGAACGUCUGCUGGAUGAAUACAACCAGAAGUUCCGUCGACUGGAAGACCGAGAAGAUGCUAAGAAGAAGGAGAGACAGAAAGCCUUCCAAGAAGUCUUUGCUGCUGACAUGGCCCAUUACAAAACUCAUGGAAAAAUGUCAGCUCCAGUGACCCAAUCCUCUCAGGAACUGGAGAACAGACUGGAUGAAUUUGAGAUAACCGUCGAUAGGGAUGACCAACUAGCUCUGGACGACUUCCUGGGACCUGACGAUGAGGACGAGGAAGUCAGUAGGAGCUCUAGCAGAAAAAGGGUACCAGUGACGAAGGAUGAUGAGAGUAAUGAUGGUGAUGAUGAGGAUGAAGAGGAGGCUGCAGCUAAAGUGGAAGGCGUUGCCUCAUUGGACAAGAGAGAAGAGAGGAUAGGACAGAGUGGAGAUGAGAAACUAACAGAGGAGUCCAAAGGAAGUGAUUCUGUGAACUCAGAGGUCACAGAAUCCAAAGAUGAAGCCAAUAUAAGUGAAGAACAAACAUGUAUAGAGGAUGGAGAAGAAGACUCCACAGAAAACUCAGAGGACAAGCAACAACAUCCAGAGAAUGCCGCUACCAGAGACGGCCUCAAGGAGGAAGAAGAGGAGGAGGAAGAAGACGACGACUUUGGAACCCCCGAUGAAGAUGCAGAAGAAUCAACAUCAAAAUCAUAGCAGAUCACUGGAUUUUGCAUGGAUGAUAGUCCCACCGCUCUGUGUUGAAGGCAGAGAUUUGUCAGUUUCCAAGAGAUUAUUUUAGGAUUUGCUGACUCUAAAUUUGAUGGAAAGCUCUUGAAAAUCCUGUAAUAGUGCUAUACUACAUCUCUGAUACUCGGGUAAAUUUGCAGUCCGAGUCUAAACAUUAUUUGGUAGUGAGACAGUGACUAUGUGAGCCAAUUUGUUGAAUAUAAAGGUUCAUUAGUCAUAACACAGAUUUUACUGUGGGCGAUGGGCAACCAAAGAUACUUUUUAAUAUAACACUCAUGAAAGGAGUUGUCUGACGUUUUAUCUGACAAAUCCUGUUUUAUCUGACAGUUACCAUAGUAACAUUGCUUCUCAGCCAAUAAGAAUCAAGGAAAGUUGUCAGAUAUGGCAACUUGUUGGAGGAAACAUUUAAAAAACACCCAGGUCUCACUAGUGUAAAAUGCUAGGGUUCAAAUUAUUUCUUCCAUAUUUAUGGAAAAUAAAACAUAAAAUCUUAGAAAUUAAUUAUUUUUGUAAUUUUGCUAUUCUUUCCAUUUCCUGACUCAUAAUUCAUUUUUUGCCAACUUUUUGUAGCAGGAUAAGAAUAAUUUUUGAUUGGUGAAUGAUUUGACAACUGGCAUUCCGUAAAAGUUUGGUAUGAAUUAAGUUAACCCAGAUUUAACUAAACCAUGGCUAUUAGAAUACCACCCAGUAGGUUUUAAAACACCUGGUGUGAAGGUGAUUGCUACUGUCAGGUCAAGGGCCCAUAGCAGAAAGAGUUUGCAUUUAAAUUUUUAAAAAAGAACAUGCACAAGUCCACAAUAUGUGUGUAUCAUUGGUUGAAAAUGAAGUUGUGUUUGAUUUUUUGAGUAGCAUUUCAUCGAAACUCUUUCUGCAACGGGCCCCUAAAAAUAAACCUGAUUAUUUUCUGUUUUAAUAGCUAAAGAAAUUCCAUAUUUCUUGUCUUUGACAUGUACUGUAUAUGAUAUUCUGAUAGCCAUGGUUUAGUUAAACCUGGGUUAACUUAGACCACACUUUUAUGGAACGCUAGUUGUCAACUCAUUCACCAAUUAAACUUAUGCUUAUCCUGCUGCAAAAUUUGUAAACAAAUUUAAUUCAGUCAUAAAAUGACAUGAGUCAUAAAAUGACAAUCGCCACAAAUAUUGAAGAAGUAAUGUGAAGCCCAGUAUUCUAUAGAAGUGUGAUUUAAAACUGUAGAUUAGACGAGGGAUAAAACCUAGGUUUAAUUAUCGGAAUAUCGCCCCCUGUGUUUAACUCCGCCUUGGGCAAAAA